GACAGAGGCCAUAACGUAAGCAUCAAGACAAUACCACAAACAGGCUCACUCCAGACUGUCCUGUGUCUGAUCUGAAGAGAUGCUGAAUGGAAUGAUGUCACUGGGUGUUCUGCUGGUGCUCCUGUUCUUUAAGCAUGUUACUGCAGACAGCUCAGCUGAUCCCUGCCAGCACUACACCGUACUGAAUGAUGGCUGGCGUGCCACCAACAACAAUGUCAACGUUAAUGGCUACCACUGCGACAAGUAUGUCAACUGGCAGGGCUGGUAUCGCCUUUUCCUGGGGAACACCAGUGUUCAGAUGCCAGAGAGGUGUGUGGAGAGGAACAUGUGUGGGACUGCCUUCCCCAUGUGGCUCACAGAUCCCCAUCCCCAGCUGUCAGACGGGGUGGUUCAGAGGGGGGUCUGUGGGAGCUUUGCUGGUAACUGUUGCAUGUUAAGAGAAAAUCCUAUCCUUGUCAAAGCCUGCUAUGGAAACUACUAUGUCUACAAGUUUGUCCAUCCAACAGCGUGCAGCUUGGCCUACUGUGCAGACGUCAACACCAAGGUGUGUUCUACCUGUAGAAACGAUGAGACCUGUAUGAGUGACAACAAGAUCAACUGGAGGUGUGAGAGGAAAGAGCAACUUUCUCCAACAGCCCCCAAACCCACAAUUCCCUUAAUAGCUGAUCCCUGCCAGCACUACACCGUACUGAAUGAUGGCUGGCGUGCCACCAACAACAAUGCUAACGUUAAUGGCGAGCACUGCGACCGGAGCAUCAACUGGCAGGGCUGGUAUCGCCUUUUCCUGGGGAACACCAGUGUUCAGAUGCCAGAGAGGUGUGUGGAGAGGAACAUGUGUGGGACUGCCUUCCCCAUGUGGCUCACAGAUCCCCAUCCCCAGCUGUCAGACGGGGUGGUUCAGAGGGGGGUCUGUGGGAGCUGGUAUGGUGACUGCUGCAUGUUAAGAGAAAAUCCUGUCAAAGCCUGCUAUGGAAACUACUAUGUCUACAAGUUUGUCCAUCCAACAGCGUGCAGCUUGGCCUACUGUGCAGACGUCAACACCAAGGUGUGUUCUACCUGUAGAAACGAUGAGACCUGUAUGAGUGACAACAAGAUCAACUGGAGGUGCAAGAGGAAAGUCACCCUCCUCUCAUUUUACUCUCUCAAAGAGCAAUCUUCUACAGCUAUCCCUAAACCCACAACUACAUCUACAACUACAGCUGUACCAAAAACCACCACCACCACCACAACUCCAUACCUGAAACUACCACUACAACAACUCCAGUACCUGAAACCAACACUACAACAACUGGAGUACCUGAAACCACCACCACAACUCCAGUUACUGAAAUUACCACAACAACGCGAGUACCUGAAACCAUCACCACAACUCGAGUACCUGAAACUACCACUACAACAACUCGGGUACCUGAAACCACCACUACAACAACUGGAGUACCUGAAACUGUCACCACAACUCAAGUACCUGAAACCACCACCAUAA